GCAAAGUCUCACCCCAGCACCACAGCCAUUCCCAUGGGUAUGAGGGAUGCUGUAGCAGUCCCAGAACUGCCCRUGCCCUGCUGUGAGCUGUCUGGGGACAUCCCAACCCUCACCCCUCUGUCCCACCCCUCAGGUUGCCACGACAAGGCYGUGCUGCUCUACGAGUACGUGGGGAAGCGGAUCGUGGACUUGCAGCACACGGAGGUGCCGGAUGCCUAUCGAGGGAGAGGAAUAGCCAAGCACCUGGCAAAGGCAGCCCUGGACUUUGUGGUGGAGGAGGACCUGAAGGCCCACCUGACGUGCUGGUACAUUCAGAAAUACGUCAAGGAGAACCCGCUGCCGCAGUACCUGGAACACUUGCAGCCUUAAGGCAGGACUGCUCCCACACCAGCACACCUGUCCCUGACUGUUCAACGCAGCCUUCGCUUCUCUGCAGUCUCAGGAAACCCCUUCCCACACUCGCAAUUCCCGGUUUUUUUAAGCGUGUCCAUGUGGUGCGUGAGUGUGGGCACAACCUCCUCCUCUCUGCCCACGUGUGAGCAUGGCCACAGCCCCUGGGCCAGGCUGGCUCUGGGCACACGUGGUGCACCCCAGGGCUUUUCCCAAGCCAGGGGAUGGAAGAGGGUGAUUUUUCCACCAAACUCCAUCGCAAGGCCAGGGGAUGACUUGUUCUGCACCUCAUCCUCUCCCCUCCACGUGGCGAUAGCUGUGAACCUGCUGGGGGAUGUUGGUUAGGGGUGGUCCUGGGGUACCAGCCCCGCUUUUCUCCUGGCAGUCGGAGAGAUGCUCUGGAUUAAGCUUUGUGGGACAGAGGGAGGUGCUGGAGGAGCCCCAGCCCUGUGUCARGUUCAUCCCUGCAGCAUUUAUUGGGCACCAAACCGUGUCCAAGCCCACAGGCAAUACAUACAAGAACAUGUGGACCAUGGUGGYACCUCGGGRGCUUUGCUGCACUGGCUGUGGAGAYGUUGGGAUGGUGACACCUUCAAGCCUGGACACAAGAGCCGUGUGAGGAGCGGACUUGGACUGCAGAGUUUGUGCAGAGGAAGAAAAGUGGCUGAGUUGAAGAUGCUGCUCCUGGGAGAUGCCAGCUCCUGCCCAGCUCCUGUACACAACACUGAAGUGGCAUCCUACAGGGUCAUGGACUCAUUCCUGUCUGCCUGCCCUUGGUGUGGACACAGCCUGCUCAGGAGAAGAGACCAGCCCCACAGGCAGCCCUGGCCUAAGCGAGGGGAUAUGCCAGGGCACCAGGGUGGUUUCCUGCAGCUGAAGAGGAAGGCUCCCCCCAUUGCCCUCUUCUCCAUCUCUGCAUCUGUCAGGGCCCCAGAUCAGCCCCAUCACUACAYCCCGAGAGCAGYGGGGUAAGGCUUCCAGGACCUGCUYCUGGCCAUGGGUUCCAGGGUUCAGUGCUAGAGGCACCUGUGUCUGUGUGGAUUCCAAUGGCUUCUCCUUACAGCUUUUGGAAAGAAUCCCUGGCUCAUGGCAUUACCUGUCUGCUCAGUGGCCUCCUCACAGCUCCAAGCUCAGGGCACUGGCAGCACUGUGGGGACAUUGGCCAGCAGCAGGAACACCCUCAUUCUGUGCUGUGUGGAUGAUGAUCCUGUAGCAUAACCCAUAAUUGCCACACUCAGAUGUAGAGGUAACACCAUGAUGGCAGGGCACUGCCAGGUUCCAGCUUGCUGCCUGUCCUGCCUUGCCUGGGUUUUCCAGGGCCUGAGCUGCACCUCAGAACAUCUCACACUGAGCUCUCAGGAUUUUGCCAUAUCCCAGGGAAGGGCUGUGGUGAGGGAGAUGACAUUUUCAACACAGCUGAACCAGCCCUGAGCAGCUGCAGGGGGCUGCAGCCAGGCAGGAGAUGGAGAUCUUUUCACCUGGAGGCCAAAUCCAGACCUUGCUUUGCUCAAUAGGGACUSAAGUUUACAAUCUGUGCCACGAAGUGACUGAAGCCCCAUCUGAGAGGCAGCUCAGCCCUCUCCCAGAGCCCAGCAGKAAGUCCAUAGCAGUAAAGGCAAGAACUCCUACAAUCUUCUCUCCUGGUUGGGAUGGCCAGAGAUAGARAUUCUGUACCUGAUCUCAGCCAGCUGGCCCUGGCCACCGGCUUGAGCCCUUGCUGCCUGUCUGUGCUUUUGGGCUGUCCAUCACCAGCAUAACGCAGCCCUCUCAGGCUUCUAAAUCUUCCAAACUCCAUUCCUGCCCUGCACACUGCAGGCUGUGAGACCCCUGCCCGUGCCCACCACCUGUGCCAGGGGGCAGGGCCACCUCUGCCUUGUGCUGCUCAGGRAAAGCCUUGAGCUCAGCCCUCCUCUGCUUCAUUUCUGUCCUCUUGCUGCUUAUUUAACCUGGGCUGUGACCUUUAGGGUGGCUUCRAAGGACUGGGAGAGGGUUGCAGGUAACAAACUAAAGGGGCUGAARAAGAAAUGUGGGCUGC